AUAAAGAAAAGAAAAAAAAAAGAGUUUGAAUCGCAUUCAUGUUGGAAUGAAUCGAAAUUACGGCUUACUUGUCAAAACGUAGUGUUUCAGUGGUUAGGUCUUCCCUUCCCACUGUUGCCCUGACACCGCCUUGCUAAUCCCAUCCUCCCUCUUUCUCUCUCUACAUUUUAAUAGGAAUCAAUUUCCAACCAUGACGGACUACAAACAAGAACAGGAUAUGGAGAUUGAAGCAUUAGAAGCUAUACUCAUGGAUGAGUUCAAAGAAAUACACUCUGGUGAAAGUGGCCUAAGUACUUCCAAUCGGUGCUUCCAAAUAAAGGUUGUUGCGCAGGAUGACGAUGAAGAUGGGCCAAUAACUAAUCCAGCACAACUGGCUUUGAUCUUUUCACACACAGAAACAUAUCCUGAUGAACCUCCACUUUUAAAUUUGAAAAGUUUGCAAGGAAUAUCUGCUGAAGAUCUAAGGAUUUUGAAAGAAAAACUUCAACAAGAGGCAUCUGAAAAUCUUGGUAUGGCUAUGAUCUACACACUUGUUACCUCAGCUAAAGAGUGGUUGGCUGACCGGUUUUCUCAAGAUGAUGUUGGGAGUACUGAAGCAGAAGAAGCAGCCAAAGAUGAUGUAGUGAUACCCCACGGGGAACCAGUUACCGUUGAAACAUUUUUGGCAUGGAGAGAAAGGUUUGAAGCUGAACUAGCAUUGGAACUAGCCAAGCUAAUGCCAGAGUCUGUGCUCACAGCUCCUAAGGAAAAGAAGCUCAGUGGUAGACAGUGGUUUGAAAGUGGAAGAGUGAAAGGUGUGGCUGCUGUCGCUGAGGAAUCUGAUGUGGAGGAUGAGGAAGAUAUUGACUUUGAUGAAGAUGAUUUUGAAGCAGAUGAUGAAGAAGAGGAUAUGCUUGAGCAUUAUCUGGCCGAAAAAUCAGAUUUAUCCACACAUUCUUCUAUGAGGGCUAGUUAAAUUGAAUAUGUCACAUACCAGGCAGAGUUUUACAGUAUGCCUCGCUGACUUUGUGGGAGUUUUUGCCAUCUUUCUAAGACUGGAGGAUUUGGUUUUAUGAUAUUAUCGAAGAUACAAUACAGAAGUGUUUGAUGUGUGAUAUUGUAUUUCACUUAAACACUGUUUCAUAUAAAAGAAAUAUCUUUUAUUUGUAGUCAUCAUCCUUGAAUUGCUUGAAAUCAGUAACUUAGGGUAGACAACUCAAUUUGAAGUAGAAGAAAUAAGAUGGUUUUGUUUCAUUAUGAAUGUGUGUAUCUAUGCAGAAGUGUUUUGUAAAAAACUAAAAGAAUACUCUUCUGCCUUUUUGACCUUUCUAAUCGAGUGUAGAGAUGUCUGAAUUUGAAUCCAUUCAAGUUUA